GUUUCAAAUCACUUUAAUCAAUGUUUCACCCAAUCUUCUUCUUUCACCGACAGCACAGCAAGAGAGAGUUUCAAGAUCAUCCUUGAAGCUCUCUCUGACAAUCAAAUCCCAAGAUGGCUAAUUACUACGAGCAUUACCAGAUCCCAUACGACUCCAACCAGGUUAAUAAUCUCUAUGAUCAUAACUAUUAUGAUAACUAUCAACAGCAGCAGUUUGGUCUCAAUCCAAUGAGUUAUGAUUCAAUGAGUUAUAACAGUGGUUAUAAUAAUUGGAAUGGCUCAUAUGACUAUGAGACAACCUUUGCAUCUGUUGCUUACUCUGUUUCCACCAUAUCUGAGCCAAAACAUUUGUUCUAUGAUCCAAAUGUCUACACAACCUACGAGUCUCCUCCUCAGUUCAGUAUCUACCGCUCUGUUCAAGCCUUCAACGAGCCGGAAUUCGAGGAGUAUGAUCCGACACCGUACGGUGGUGGCUAUGAUAUAGUUGCAACAUAUGGGAAACCUCUUCCUCCAUCAGUGAAAAUCUGUUACCCUCCUUCAACCGCUGCUCAGGGAAACCCUCCUUCUCCUCCAGAGGUUAUAGCUCCUGUUCCUUUAGGAGUUUAUGAUGGUGGUGAAAAGAAAGUUGUAAAGAAACGUGUAACAUUCUCUGAACCAUUAGAGGAAGCUAGACCAUUGGAAACCGUUAAAGAAGAUGAUCAUCAAGAAGAAAAAGAAGAGGGAGAUGAAUCAGAUGAAGAUGAGGAGGAAGAAGAAGAUGAUAGUUCAAGCAAUGGAAGUACUACUAAACCUGAAAGUGUCGAUACAGGAGAAGUGAGAGCUGUGUAUGUACCAUCUGGUUACGGCUUAGAAGCGACGGAUAUAUGCGAGGUGAUAUUCGGAGGAUACUUUCCUUGUGUCUCACGUAACAAAAGACGCCAGGAGGAUGAUGAGAAGCGUGCGGCUGAAGUUUCUUGCUGGGAAAGCACUGAUUCUGAUCCGUGGAAGACUACUUCUGACUACCUUUUUGGGGAUUCGUAUCCGUAUGGUUAUGAGAAUAGGCUCGAAAGAAGUCAAUUUGAGGUAUCUUCUUAUGGUUACCAGAGGUAUUAUUAA